CAGCAGCAGCAGCAGCAGCAGCAGUUUGAAAAUAGGAUGAAUGAGCAUGAUUGAUGAUGUUUGUUGUUAAUCCCCUUCGACGUAACCAGCUGAUAUCUCAUUGGUUUAAAUCCGAGGUCGAAAAUGUAAUCAACAGUGUUUGGUGGUCACCACUCAUUUUGCAACGAGGUCCUGUCUAUAUAAAGAAACAAUUUAUUUUUCGGCCCUUUUUUCUCCUUUUCUUUUCUUUAAUUUUUUUAUUUAUUUAAAAUAAUGAUUAUCAACGAGUACAGAAUCCCCAUGAAUUGUACUCAAUCCGAGUACCAAGUAGCACAAUUAUAUGCUACUGCUUUUGCUUCCAAGGAACAGACUGGUGGUGGCGAAGGUGUGGAAAUCGUAAAGAAUGAGCCUUAUGAAAAGGGAAAUGAAAAGGGUCAAUACACUUACAAGAUUUUCCGUCUUGCUUCUCGCGUUCCUGCUGUUGUAAGAGCUGUAGCACCUGCUGGUGCGUUGGAUUUGUAUGAAGAGGCUUGGAACGCAUAUCCCUACUGUAAAACAGUGCUUAAAAAUGGUUAUAUGAAGGACAGUUUUUCAAUUGUUUACGAAACCUUGCAUGUUGAUGAAUCACGAGGUGAGAUUGAAAAUGCACUUAAUAUAUCAAAGGAAGAUUUGAAAAAGAGAAAUGUCAUUAUUAUUGACAUUGCCCACGACAAAAUUCCUUCUGGUGAUUAUAAGCCAGACGAAGAUCCUAAGUUAUUCAAGUCAGAAAAGACAAACCGUGGACCCUUGACAGACCCCAAUUGGCAAAAGACAGUUGAGCCCGUUAUGACUUGUUACAAGCUUGUCUAUAUCGAGUUCAAAUGGUUUGGUAUUCAAGGCAAAGUUGAAGCUUUCCUUGCAAAGACCGUUCAUACUUUAUUCACAAAGUUCCAUCGCCAAUUAUUUUGUUGGACUGAUAAAUGGUAUGGUAUGACCAUUCAAGAUAUUCGUGAUUUAGAAGCAAAGACCAAGCAAGAUUUAGACGCAAAGAGAAAUGAAGGUGAAAUCGUAGCUAAUAAUUUGGGUGAUUUGUAAUUUUCAAAAUAAAACUGAGUUUUUUUUUUUUUUU